CUGACCGACAUGGGGGCAGGAGUGGCAGAAAGGACAUCAAGGAGGAGGCUGUUGCCAUCGGCCAGAAGAAACCUGGCGGGGACCACGACACGGAGCUUCCUCGGGAGACGGCUGGUGGCUGGUUUCUUUUUCUUUCCUUUGGGAAGUUUUGGCACGCUAGUGAGAAUUACGGUGUCUCGACUCCUGACACCGCCUUGUUUUGUGAGGUUACGACAGAAAGAGCCUGCUGUCCGGACUCAGGUGCGGCUCCGCCUACACCGUCGUCUGUGUUUAGCCCCUAUCCGUCCUGUUAUUGGUUCUAAGAGCUGCCCAUUUCUAGCAGUGCAAAUCACCCCUGCCAUUCCCGUGGUUGGUGGCAUCCUGUUCUUCUUUGUGAUGGGGACGCUGCUUCGGACCAGCUUCAGCGACCCUGGAGUCCUUCCGCGAGCCACACCCGAUGAAGCCGCCGACCUGGAAAGGCAAAUAGAUAUCGCCAACGGAGCCAGUUCAGGGGGGUACCGCCCACCUCCCAGAACCAAAGAAAUCAUCAUCAAUGGGCAGACUGUGAAACUGAAAUAUUGUUUCACCUGCAAGAUUUUCCGGCCCCCUCGUGCCUCUCACUGUAGCCUGUGCGAUAACUGCGUAGAACGGUUUGAUCACCACUGUCCCUGGAUUAAAGGAUCUUGGUCAAAUAAAAGAGGUAAAGAGAAUUACAACCCCUACAGCUACGGAAAUAUCUUCACAAAUUGCUGUGUGGCCCUGUGUGGGCCCAUCUCUCCAAGCCUCAUUGACAGAAGAGGGUACAUCCAGCCUGACACACCUGAGCCGGCCGCGCCCUCCAACGGGCUGGCGGCGUACGGGGCCACAGCGUCACAGAGCGACAUGGCCGCGGCCACACCCCUGCUGCAGAGCGAGCCCAGCCUCACCAGCGAUGAGCUGCACCUGCCGGGGAAGUCGGGCCUGGGCACACCCUGUGCCAGCCUGACGCUCGGGCAGCCCACCCCGCCCUCCUCCAUGCCCAACCUCACCGCCGAGGCAGGGCUCACAGACGUCCUACCUCUGAAAGAGGAGCACAUGGGCCACCAGUUCCUGACCCCGGAGGAGGCUCCCUCGCCGCCCCGGCUGCUGGCCGGCAGCCCCCUGGCCCACAGCCGCACCUCGCACGCCCUGGGCCUGGCCAGCCAGGACUCUCUGCACGAAGACUCGGUGCGCGGCCUGGUGAAGCUCAGCUCCGUGUGAGCGCGGGGCCCAGCGGGGACGGGGGCUGCUCCCACAGCCACGUUCUCGUGACCCGGAGCCACGGUGGCGAAGACAACUUCAGGUCCUGGGCACAAGGACCACUUGCAGAGUAAACGGACCCCCUCUAACGACAGAGGCAGCAGGACCCAGAUGCUUACAGCUUGGUUUCAUUGGAUUUUGCUUCGAUUACAGCGAAAACAGAGACAGAGCUAUUUCCAGGCAUUUGGAAUGUGAAGGGUGGGCCUGGGGCUGGGGGGCCUGGGAGCUGUGACCAGAGGCUCCGGGGAAAGGGCAUGCCUGGAGGUCACACGGUCUGCUUGCUGCCCCUGUGCCUGACACGCGGAAGGUUUAGGGGACUCGUGGCCAGACUGAAAUUGCACUUACGUGUUAAGCUACUAAUAUUUGAACUAGACAUGCCAUUCCAUUUGUUUAAUUAAAAAAUCCCGGAAGGAAACAACGACCAGAUGUGGAUUUGCAUGCCUCGCGGGUCUGUUUACGUGGUGUUGGUCUGCAAAGGGAGGUGCUGUGAAUUUCCAAGUGCUGUUGACGGGAAGACGGUGCAAGAGACCCAGACAAAUGCACAAUGCCGUCACUCGCCAGUCUCUUCAGCGUAAUGACAGCCGGGAAGGUGGCACCCGGGCUGCGGAGGGCUGCUGGGGUUUUAUCAAAUCAGGAAUCCGUGAACUGUCUGUUCGGUAGUUAACCGAGGUAUUGUGUGCACCACAC